AUGACCGAUGCGGGAGAGCCCGAUUCUGGAACGCCUCGCCCGGUCACAGCAGGAACCGAACAAAUUACUGAGCUUCGAGCAGAGUUUUAUAGGCAGCCACGGGAACAGUAUGGGGUUCACCAGAAGGUCUCGUUUGUAUGGCCAAAUGAGCUGGCUUUACAAGGGUCCACGGCAGGAAAACUAGACGAACAGAGUGCUAAAAUCCUCCAAGCCCUAUCGGCAGACGAUAUCUCAAUCCAAUUAUCAACAGUGCUACCAGGGAAUCCUACCUACAAGCAGGGAGUAGCUGCUGUACGCAACACGCGCGACUGGUUUCCAUGCUCAGUCAUCUUAUACGGGCCAGACGAUAUGUUCGAAGACAUAGGGGCUUUCUGUCAGGAAUGUAAACUAUACUUGCAGGAUCCCAUUGGCUGCGAGUUGAAUGUCCCGUACCGCAAUCCUCACCGGAUUUCGACAGACAAAGAGAGGCCACUCUUGACCUUUGAACUUCAAAGCGACGUUGACCAAACAGUUACCGUUGGCAUGGCUCGAGACGCCAUCGAGAUUGAGGAGUUCAUUAUUACCGUAUGUCGCCUUACUAUUCGUAUUCCAUUUUCUGACAACCAAGAUAGUCACCAGAUGCAGGCACUGUACUUCAUGACGCAAAGAGAAUUGGGAUGGGCUUUCCAUGAUAAUUACCGAAACAACAUCACAGGUCAAGGGCAAUAUGAUCAGCCUACCAAGUUUCGAGGUGGAAUUUUGGCCGAUUCAAUGGGGCUGGGGAAAUCACUCAGCAUGAUUGCGUUGAUGCUGAAUGACACGCCGUACCUCUUCAACCAACCCUCGUAUAGUGGCUCCGCAGAAGUUGCAGCUACUCUCCUGGUGGUACCUCCCUCCCUCAUUCAAACCUGGGAAGAACAGUUUUUAAGCACGUUCAAAGCCAUUUGUGCACUAGAAGCUCACGCUCGUUGGGCUGUCACCGGCACUCCAUUGCAAAAUCGCCUUGGCGAUUUGGCUACAAUGUGCGAGUUUCUACGCGUGUACCCCUACGACAAUCGCGAAUGUUUCGAGAGUGACAUCAUUUAUCCAUGGAGAUCAGGGGAUGAGGAUGAGGCGAUCAGUCGGAUGAAAAGAUUGGUCAACAGCAUCCUCCUUCGUCGCACGCAGGGUGUUGUUGAUCUGCCUCCACGCACUGAUUUAAGGUACACACUCAAAUUCAACCAUCACGAGCGAGAACAUUACAACAUGGUUCAGAGCAACGUUGUAUCAAAGAUCGAUGCGGCCAUCAGUGGCUCCAGUGUCGCGACUACUUUUACCAGUAUCAUUCAACAGAUCAACGAGCUGCGAUUAGUGUGUAAUUUGGGUACCCAUCGAAGAGCCAGGAACAGUAUACUGCCGACUUCGACCAUCUGGGACAAGAGAACAGCUCAAAAGGCACUCACCACUCUCGCCACAACUGAAAAAGUCGUAUGCACCAGAUGCACCCUUGACCUGGACGCAACUUCCACGGUCAACUACAGCUUGGGAUCUGAACUGUCGUCGCCCAACUCCACUGUUUGCCUGUUCUCUUGCUUGAAAGCAAUCUGCAGUAGCUGUCUGGAUCCGUACUGGAAUGAACGAUGCGGUUGUUUACCUUCAUGCCCGAGUGCCCGAGUCCCCUACAACCCAGGCAUCACGUACUCAGGUGCCUCCUCGCCUUCUGGACCAGCAUGUGAAAUCAAUGACGAGCCGCUACCAACAAAGAUCAAGGCUUUGGUCUCGGACUUGCUAAAGCAGCCAAAGGGUACUAAGAGCAUUGUCUUCUCCUUCUGGACCUCAACUCUAGAUCUAGUACAAAAAGGCCUUUCGGGAUCUUUCAUCACAUACACCCGCUUCGACGGAACCACUUCCCAAUCCAACCGUUCAACCGCCCUCAAAGACUUCCGACAGGACCCUAGUAUCUCGGUCAUUCUAAUGACCAUCUCUUGCUCCGCGGUCGGCCUUGACAUCACGGCCGCCUCACGAGCCUACAUCCUAGAACCACAGUGGAACCCCACUGUUGAAGAACAAGCCCUAGCCCGUGUACACCGCAUGGGCCAAACGAAGCCAGUAACCACCAUCCGCUUCGUCAUGGAGAACACGUUUGAAGAGCGUGUUGUCGAGACGCAAGAGCGGAAGCGGAGGUUAGCUGAGUUGCUACUGUCAUCGGAAGAGCAGGUGGCGGAGCAUGGGGUUGAGAAGUUGAAGUAUUUUCGCUCGCUGCUGAGGUGA